AUGGCCCGGGGCGGCGGGGGCGGCGGCGGGGGGGCCCCGGUGGUGCUGAACGUGGGCGGUGCCCGCUACUCGCUGUCCCGGGAGCUGCUGAAGGACUUCCCGCUGCGCCGGGUCAGCCGCCUGCACGGCUGCCGCUCGGAGCGCGACGUGCUGGAGGUGUGCGACGACUACGACCGGGAGCGCAACGAGUACUUCUUCGACCGGCACUCGGAGGCCUUCGGCUUCAUCCUCCUCUACGUGCGGGGCCACGGCAAGCUGCGCUUCGCCCCGCGGAUGUGCGAGCUGUCCUUCUACAACGAGAUGGUCUACUGGGGGCUGGACGGCGCGCACCUCGACUACUGCUGCCAGCGCCGCCUCGACGACCGCCUGUCCGACGGCCAGUCCUUCCGAGGCCCCGCCCCCGACCGAGGCCCCGUCCCCGACCCGGGGCCCGCCCCCGACCGGGGCCAGGCCCCCCCGGACGGCCGCCCCCCGCCCUGCCCCGACGGCGCGGCCCCCGGCUGGCUGGAGCGUAUGCGCAGGACCUUCGAGGAGCCCGCCUCGUCGCUGGCCGCGCAGGUCCUGGCCGGCGUGUCCGUGGUCUUCGUCAUCGUGUCCAUGGUGGUCCUCUGCGCCAGCACCCUCCCCGACUGGCGGGCGGCUCCCGACCACCGCGGCCUGGAGGAGCGGAGCAGGAUAAUUGAAGCCAUCUGCAUCGGCUGGUUCACCGCCGAGUGCAUCGUGAGGUUCAUCGUCUCCAGAAACAAGUGCGAGUUUGUCAGAAGGCCCCUCAACAUCAUCGACCUACUGGCCAUCACCCCCUAUUACAUCUCCGUUGUGAUGACGGUCUUCACGGGAGAGGAUUCCCAGCUCCAGAGGGCAGGGGUCACCCUGCGCGUGCUCCGGAUGAUGCGGAUUUUUUGGGUGAUCAAGCUGGCCCGCCACUUCAUCGGCCUGCAGACCCUGGGCCUGACGCUCAGGCGCUGCUACCGGGAGAUGGUGAUGCUGCUCGUCUUUAUUUGUGUUGCCAUGGCGAUCUUCAGCGCGCUCUCCCAGCUCCUGGAGCACGGCUUGGACCUGGAGACGUCGAACGAGGACUUUGCCAGCAUCCCCGCCGCCUGCUGGUGGGUGAUCAUCUCUAUGACGACGGUCGGCUACGGCGACAUGUACCCCGUCACGGUGCCCGGGCGGCUCCUUGGGGGGGUCUGCGUGGUGAGCGGCAUCGUUCUUCUGGCCUUGCCGAUCACCUUCAUCUACCACAGCUUUGUGCAAUGCUACCACGAGCUCAGGUUUAGAUCCACUAGGUGUGGCAGGAGCCUGUCCGCCGACCUCCUAAAUUGAGGUGGGGCCCGGGCCGCCCUCUUCCUGCCCAACCCCAGGAGGGCGCUCGCCCCCAGAAGGGCAAUGGGGGGGUGACGCCGGCCUUCCCCAGCUAAGGGUGGAGACAGGCAGAGUGGUUCUCACCUUGUCACCUGCAUCGGAGGUGCUCUCUGUCCCAACCUCGUUCUCUUGGGAAACAAAAGGCCGCUCCCCCAGCGGGACGACGGAGGGGCUCUUGGGGCUCCGGCGUCUUUGGGUCGCCAUCAGACACCCGCCGGUCUGGGACCACGGCAAGGGUCUAGGUCCGUCAGAGACAGUACUCUUGGAGAACUGGGGGAUUUUUUCCUCUUGGGUCAGGGAUAGCCCAGAACCAAGUAGAGGCAAGAGGGAGAAUCCCCCAGCGAGUGCUGGGGAGCCCCCACCCCCCGGUAGGCAAGAGACCCAGCUGCCCCCCACAGCGCGCAGCCCUCUGGGCGCGCCUGUGCUGGCAUCGGGGCCGGUGGAGGUGGGGAGGGAUGGUUCCCUGGGGCUGCCCUCCCAGGCUGGUCUCCCCAGUGCCCAGGCCUGAGUACAGCAAGAUGUGGGGGACGGAGACCAACCUCUUAGCUGGUCCCCAUGCAGGGGUCGGACAUCCUCGUCUGCCACCAUUUAGCCCUGGGCAAGCAAGACUGGCUUCCUCUAAACAAGAGCAGCUCCGCCCCUCUUGGGCCCUGGGGCCAAUUGGAGGCCGGAAAGCUCUCCUCUAUAUGGUGCAGCUUGGCUGCGGGAUUCAGCCGAAACCUGCCUGAGUCCGGCCUCGAUGGCUGGAACCGGGCCCGAGUCUUGGUCCGGCAAGGGAGAGGGCCCGUCGGUGUAUGUGAGCAGAGUCGUUCUUUAGGUGCGGUGAGCCCGGCUAACCAUUCCCUCCCUCACCCGUGCCAAGCUCCGGAUGCUACGUCAGGCCAUCCUGCCUGGAGCCAUUAUGGACGAGUGGUGAGCAGAGCCGCCCGGGACAACAUGGUCUUUUCACACAGGACCCCCUUCCUGCUCCAUACUGGGCUCCUCCCACCUCCCCUCCCCACCAGUGGAGCUCUCACUGGGCGAUUCCUCUCCCUGGGGAGAUCCAGCUCCCAUGUUUCCAAUCACCCCCACUCCUGGCCCCAGCACCGGGUCCACAGGGUUUGAGAUCGGAAACGUGAGGCGCAGCACGCGUUUAAUAAAUGCCGGUCGAUAUGUAGGCCCAGAGAAGUGAGCGCAGUUGUUGAACCUCGGGCAUAAAGCCGGUCCACUGGGGUGGGUCUCGCUGGUGGCUGGGCUGAGGCCUUUGGGCCUGAGAGGAUGAAGCUGGGGGGGAUGAGAUGAAGGGGCUCCCUUCCCCGAGGCCAGGAGCACGGUUGGACUUGGCAAAUGCAUAGUGCAGGGCAUCUUUGAAGGUGGGGGGACGGUGUUGUUCUAGUGAGGCAGGCUUCACGUCCAUUGAGCUCACUUCCUCCCCCUACCACCGCCCCUGGCUCCACCUGAGCACUCUGGGAGGCCGGAGAGGGUGGGGGGAAUGCUUGUUGUGGGCCGGGAAUGUGUCUGCCAACUCUGUUCUGUUGUA